AUGGCGAACUCAAACUCCGAUAUGAUCAGUCUCCGCGCGCCUCUUGCCCGCGCGGCUACAAUUCUUGACCGUUCCCUCUUUUCUAAAAAGUUGGAACUCGCUGCCGCCACGGUCAAGGACCCCCGCAACAUCUCAAAGUAUCGCAAGCAGCUAGAGAAGGGCAAUGAGCUCCUUAGACUCGAUCGUCUGGAUUCAUGCAGGACUGAUCCAAAGUCAUCAAAUUUGAAAUGUCUUUUGCUGCGACCUGGCGUGAAAGCUGACACACCGACGACAUGGGGUCCUGUCUUCCAGGAGGGUAUCAAGACCGGAGAGCUAGAUGUGGUUCCUUACGAGCUGCAGCUCGACUAUGACUACUGGAGCUACCCGCACCUCAACCUCAAGGAACAGUACCUCCCCUAUAAGAAGAUCAUCGCAGAGGUCAUCCUCGACAAGAACCCCAAGAUUACCACCGUUAUCAACAAGGUGGACGAUGUCGGCGGCAACUCUGAGUUCAGAACAUUUGCCUACGAGGUUCUCUGCGGACCCGAGGAUAUGAACGUCGAGGUCAAGGAGAACGAUUGCGUUUUCCAAUUCGACUACUCCAAGGUGUACUGGAACAGCAAGCUCGAGCCUGAACACACCAGACUCAUCGGCAUGUUCAAGCCGGGAGAAGUUGUCGCAGAUGUCAUGGCGGGCAUCGGGCCGUUUGCCGUGCCAGCAGGUAGGAAGGGCGUCUUCGUCUUCGCCAACGAUAUGAACCCCGAAAGCUACAAGUACCUGAAUGCAGCGGUCCAGAAGAACAAGGUCCAGCAGUAUGUCCGCCCGUACAACAUGGACGGCCGUAAGUUUAUUCAAGAGGCCGUUCACCAAGUCUACGAGGCUUCGAAGAAGGGAGAGGGCGCUGUCAUCAAGCCCAAGCAAUCGAGAAGCAAGCCCCAAAAUCCGCCUCCUGAGCCGAAGCACAUCCCUAUCCCUCCUACAAUCUCUCACUUCGUCAUGAACCUACCAGCUUCGGCUUACACCUUUGUGAACCACUACAAGGGUAUUUACCGCGGACACGAGCAGCUCUUCGAACCUCACACGUCCGCGAAGCUGCCCAUGGUCCACGUUCACUGCUUCGCCCUCAAGAGCGACGACGAGGUACCCCUGAAUGACAUUCUCGAACGCAUCCACGCCGAGAUCGGUGUCAAGUUCAAGCUUGGAGAUGCGGAUAAGCAAGGGGAAAUGACCAUUUACAACGUGCGGGACGUUGCUCCGAAGAAGCGCAUGUUCUGCGCGAGCUUCCGUAUUCCUCCCGAGGUCGCCUUCGCGAAGGAAAGCUGA